CGACGAACGGAGAAGAAAGACAACAUAAAAGAGAAUAAGAAAUUUAAAAUAAGACAAUAAAAAUAUCUUUAUCUGUCAAACAAAUAAGAGCAAUAUAUAUUCUUCCUUCAGAGCUCAAUUGUAAUAAAUUAUAAAGAAGAUAUACAACUAUAUAUAAUCCAUUCUAUUUAGAGGCACUUAGUAAGAUAAUGAGAAAACAAAACGAUGACAAUAGACCUUCCUUAUAAGGCACAAGUGAAAUAUACCUUCUGUUUAAAACAUAAUGUUUUAUGUUAAUCUAUGCAAAUAUAUUAAUAAAUAUAAAAAUCUAUUAAUGAAAUAUUCCGUGGGAAUAGAAAAAAAAAACUAAUUUAUUGUGAAAAUGAAGAGAAAGUUUGUGUAUAUUUAUAUCACCGUCAACUGUUAUGAAACAUACAGGAUCCCCUGCAGCUAACUUAUUAAUCUGGGCUGGAACUGGUUUCUAUACUGUUAUUCUCGCUUUGAUAUAUGCCGAAUUAUCAACGAUAAUCACCGUUUCUGGUGGAGAUUAUACUUAUGUUUAUACUAUUCUUGGAAAAAUACCUGGAUUUUUAGUCUUUUGGGGACACUGCUUCCAGAGCAUUGCUGGCACUAAUGCUGUCGUUGGCCGAACAAUUGGAGAAUACUUCUUACAGCUAUUUGAUUGCAACUGCCAAAUGACUAUUGUUCUUUUGAUAGGCAUAUUCAGUUUAUGUGAUACAAACAUAUUAUCAAAGGGAUUUGAGGGCACAUCAACUGAGCCGUCCAUUUUAUGCUUAUCUGUUGUAGACGGAUAUUUUGCUUACAAAGGCUGGGAAAGUGUGGCAACUAUGCCAGAAGAAAUGUUAAAUCCAAAAAGAGAUCUUCCACUUGCAAUUGUUAUUUCACUAUCUCUUGUUACUAUUGUAUACACUUUCGUUAAUGCGGCUUAUUUAACAAUCCUGACUCCUUCCGAAAUUAUCAAUUCCUCUGCUGUUGCUAUGACUUUUAUGGAUAAAGCCAUUAGUGGAGUGUCAUGGUUCAUCUGUAUUUCAGUGGUCUUAUCUUGUCUUGGUACUUUAAAUUCAUCCUAUUUAGCAGAUUCCAGUAAUCCGAGUUCAAUGCUACCUGGAUUUCUAAUGUAUUUAGCGGCAAUUCCAAUAUAUAUACUUGGGGAAAGGGUUAGUAAACUCAAAUUCGUUCAAGUUUGUAUAGAUAAAAUAACAGUUUUCCUCCAAUGCAUUCUUCUCCUUGUUCCAACAUCUCCGGGCGAGAAAGAUGAUAUAAAUUCAAUGAACAAAUGUGCGGAAAAUAGUAAGAUCGCCUACAAUCAACAAUCAUUAUAUUAUAGAGGAAGGGCUGUAACAAUAUCCUCGAAUCAGUCCGAAGCGUCUUUCUUGCAAUCUAAUUAG